CGCGGCCAUGUCGAUGCUGCCGUCGUUCGGCUUCACGCAGGAGCAAGUGGCGUGCGUCUGCGAGGUGCUGCAGCAAGGCGGCAACCUGGAGCGGCUGGGCCGCUUCCUCUGGUCGCUGCCGGCCUGCGACCACUUGCACAAGAACGAGAGCGUGCUGAAGGCCAAGGCGGUGGUGGCCUUCCACCGGGGCAACUUCCGCGAGCUCUACAAGAUCCUGGAGAGCCACCAGUUCUCGCCCCACAACCACCCCAAGCUCCAGCAGCUGUGGCUCAAGGCCCACUACGUGGAGGCCGAGAAGCUGCGCGGCCGGCCGCUGGGCGCCGUGGGCAAGUACCGCGUGCGGCGCAAGUUCCCGCUGCCGCGCACCAUCUGGGACGGCGAGGAGACGAGCUACUGCUUCAAGGAGAAGUCCCGCGGCGUCCUGCGCGAGUGGUACGCCCACAACCCCUACCCGUCGCCCCGCGAGAAGCGCGAGCUGGCCGAAGCCACGGGGCUGACCACCACCCAGGUCAGCAACUGGUUUAAGAACCGCCGGCAGCGCGACCGAGCCGCCGAGGCCAAGGAAAGGUGGGAGGCGAGUAAGGCGGAGCCCCUUUGUGUCGGAGAGCGCGAGGAUGCAAGCCGGUUGAGCCCGGAGGAUUCAAUCCUCUUCGACUCCAAGAGACUGAGGCCCUUGGUGUAG